UGGAGUCGGAUGCAGGUCGGCCACCGUGAGCGAUACUCCGUCGAGCGGAUGCUGGCUCUCCGCGACUAUUACGAGCAAGCGUCACUGCUUCGGGUCCUGUUCGUGUGCCUCGUCACGCCGUUGCCGGCGUUCGCGGCCGUGAUUCUGAUCGAGUGCAUCCCGUUGCGUUCCCCUGGUGAGGGGUGGCGCGCCAACUACGCGUUCUGGGUCCGGCUGUUCCUGUCGAGCUUCCCCAUGGCGGUGGGCGGCGUGCUGCAGGUGAAGCAGGUGAUCCCGCCGGGGAUCAUUUCGUACCGAGCCACGGUUGCUAUUGGGUUGGGGACGGCGGUGGGUUAUGUGUCGUGUGCGCUUGGUCUGGCGGCGUUGUGGACGUUCCCGGUGCCGUUCGGCUACGCGUUGAUGGUGGGUCCGUUCGUGUGUUUCUUCAUGGCGAGCGUUUGUGUUGUGGUUGGGCCGAAGAUGUUGUCGAAGUCUUUGCGCCAGCAGAUCAUCCCGCCGUUGUCGGUUCUGGCAGCUCAAGGCAUGCUGGCGGGCUGUUAUCCUCCGUUCUACGCUGUCUUUCGCCAGCUCUCAGGGUUUCAGCAGACUACGUUUGUUACUGUUCUGCCGGUCAUCAAGGUGUUGAGCAAGCAGUACAUCGCCAAAGUUUCUGCGCAUCUGAAGGAGUGCAUCGGUCCGACCAUCAUCUUCUCCGUCGACGUCUGCAAUAUUCUCUACAGCGUCAUCUGCAUGCAGACCGCGGUCUCGUCCCUCACGAGCGUCUUUUUAAUCGGCUCCGAUGUGUUCUUCAUCCUGAUGGUGCUGCGCAGCAUCUACCGGAUCAACCCUGCUAGUGUAUGGCCUGAAGACGCGCUAUCGAGCUCGAUGCAAACAAGGCGCCAGAGCUACCUGCAGUCUCUGCCCGUGCUAGUGCGCAAAACGUUCGAGAACGUUGACAGUCUCGACGGUCCAAGCCAGCCCGUUCGUGUGUGCGCACCUUUCCCGUUGCCUCUUGCGGGUGAUAGCAAGGAGCUGAUCGCCGAGCUUUAUUCGAGGGGCGACACACGUGAGGUAGAGGCAACACAACGAGGAGCAGUAAGCCAAGACACUCUCAAGACAAAAUCGUCGUCUGUGGUUAAGGCCGAGGUCAAAGUAGCGUCACGGAGCGUGCCAGUCUUCGCGAUCACAAAGAACAAAGUUGAACCCUCCCCGAGCCUUCGCCCCAUGCAGACGGAUACUGCUGCACAAGAGGUUCAAGACGCCCUCCAAGCUCUCUUCCACUCGGAGUACGUGCUGAUGGGAGAAUACGUCGAGUGCGUUUUGCCGCUGCUUUAUGCUCUGUACCUCGCCGUCCUCUACCAUCUCCCUACUGCAGCUUACUACCCGCACAUGAAGGCGCUGACGGCGGACAAGUUGAGCGACACGCUUGUAAAUCUGCUGCUGUACGCACUCGUUGAGUUCGCCUCGUUUGUUGGGGUGAUUGUACUGCUGAGGCGCAAGUUCGGCUUCUCGCCACUGUACCAGUUGGCGUUCGUGCUGGAGACACAAGCGCGCGCGUUGCAGAGCCAACUGUUGAUCUGGGUGUUGUGUAUUCUGCAGUUCACGUUGGUGCAUAAUGGU